CAUAAUUGAAGAAGCAUCUUAGGUGUCGAUUCGGAGCAUCUUAUGUAAGAUCCCAUUCUCCAACCAUUUAUCUCAUAUAAUAAUAAUCAAUCUUCACCACAUUUCUCUUUCGUCUUCACUUCAACCUUCCCUCUCACUCUCUCACACCUUUUUACACACACAAUAAGAGGCACCACCAUGAGCAAGGUUGUUUCUCCUCUUGAGGCUCAAGCCUUCAACUACCUCACAUUCGGUUUCAUCACUCUCCUCAACAAUUUUUGGACCUGGCUCGCCGUUACCUUCUGGAGGAACCCACCACCCAAGUCCGAAUUCCUCCCACCGCCGGAUCACCCCAUUCUGGAUGAGUCCGACCCGCUUGCUGCCACGGCGCCAGCGUGUGUUCCCAGCCCGACCGUGGUUGGUAAUGGGCCUGACGUCGACGUUGACGGAGUGAGGAAGGGGAAGUUUAGGUUGUACUACGAGAGUGAGAGAGAAUGCGAGGGCGAGGAGACGGUGACGGAGGAGUGGGUGGAGAUUGACGGAGGAGGAGAAUGGUGGGAGAGCUGGGAAAGAUUGUUAAGGAUGAGAAUGGGAGAAAACGAGAAAGGGUGGUACACGUGUCAAGAUUUAGCGGCGCUUAACGGCGGCGUUGUGCGGUUUUGGGAUGGUGGGUUCAGUUUUGGUAGCAGAAAACACAGCACACACUGUGUUCUUAUCUGGUAAUAACAUCAGCAUAGAAUAUUAGAUAUUAGUGUAGAUGGUGCUGCUGAAUUAUUAUUAUUAUUAUAUAAUUCAGAAUAUGUAUAUAUGAUAGGAGUGUAGUGGUUUGGAAAAUUAUGGGUAUGAAAUAGUGUAUGGUUAUUUGAAACACAAAUGUUAAAAACCAGUUUACUUCGUGUUAUGUUUUUUUAAGAAGUUACAGCCAAAGGACUUGUUUA